GUUUGGGCCCAAGUGGAAUUAGCCCCUGUGGAUAAACCCUUAUCAUAAAUGAUCUCUGAUAUCCACCAUACAUUGGUUAAAUUAAUUUUUGUUCGAAUUCUACCGGUCUUAAUUAUCUUGGAUGCGAAUAGAUUUCGGACCGCACUGACUAGCACAUUUUGCAAUCAAUAUCAUAAUUUAGUCAGUGGUGACUGUGUAUGAGUACAUGGUAUUAUAGAAUGGCACGUUUUGGGUUGAUACUUUUUUUUGCAGUAGUGAUACCCUGGAUUUCAGCAAUCCCCCCGAAAAAGUACAUGGAUAGUAGAUGUGGGGAAACACUCAUGAUCGGUACCACAGUGCCGUCCAUCCGUCUGGACCUGACAUGGAGCAGCAAGUACAGAAAUAAUAUGGACUGCGUAUUGACCGUGAAAGCAGCCAACAUCAGUGCCACCUCAGACACGCGAAUUCUACUGGUGUUCAGGAAACUGGAUAUCAAGGGAUCGGAUAUCUUCGGUUGUAGUUCAUCUGGUGACCUUCUGUACAUACACGACGGGCCUUCCACUUCGUCGUCAGCUGUCCGAGGACUGUCAAAGACCUUUUGUGGAGAGAGGGAACCAAGAGGGGCCUAUAUGUCUCGAGGAGAUUCAUUGACUUUCAGAUUCAAAUCAAACUUUUACAAAACAGAUGAUGGAUUCAAGCUGCUUCUGACACCAUUCCACAAAGGAACAUGCACAAGCUCUGAAUAUCGCUGUAAUGCUGGGCAGUGUAUAAACAGCAGAAAUAAAUGUGACGGUUACCGACAGUGCGGAGAGUAUGCAGACGAGUGCAAGAUCACCAGAACCACCUCCUGGAUUGCUGGCGUAGUUGUGGGUGUCAUUGCAGUUAUAGCUGUAAUCGGCAUAGCUGUUUUCUGCAUCAGGAGACACUUUAUUAAUCGCCGGAGUUCUGGGGGCGUGGUCAAGUACUCUUCCCCACCACAGCAGGUAACAUCAGUACCUACAUACCAACAACCAGGGGUGAAUCCGCCCUACCAACAGCCGGUGGUGAACCCUCCCUACCAACAGCCGGGCACCGCUCCUGGGUAUUACCCCCAGGGGCCAGCACCACCUCCCCAAGGCUACCCCCCACAGAAUACCGCUUACCCACCACCUUAUCCUGAGCAACAACAGCCUGGUUACCCUCCAGCUACAAAUCCCUAUCCUUAUGGAGCCCCUACUGCGCAAUAAUGAAGUUGUAGAGUUUUUGAGGUCUCUGUUGAUAGACAUCUCGGAUGUCUUAAAGUCUUUUGUUUCUAGAUGUUCAUUGGUUAUAUGAAGAAAAAAGAUCUGAUUUAUUCUUGCCUGUUUAGCCUGCUGAAGAGAACUAUAUCUUUGUGGUCUUUUUGAAUCAAUUUGAUUGGUUCAUGAUUAUUUUUGCACGGGGGAGUUUAUAUAAUGUUUUUGUUACACGGCUUGUGUAAGCCUCUCUCUGUAUGUGAGCCCUCAAACACAUGCAAUAUUUGUCUGAAUUCAAUAUAGGAUGUCAUUAUUCAAAUUCAUUUAGUGAUGUAUUACAGCAAUGUGUUUCUAUUCACUGAUAUCUUUUCAAGCAUUUCCAAAAAUUGAUAUAGAUAUUAGAAAUAGAUUUUAUGGACUACAUCAUAAUACAGAGUACAGUCUAAAGUGUAGUCUGAUUGUGGUCAAGAGUGGCUUAUAGUUGUCACCGAUCACAUGGCUUACUUUUAAUGGUUCUAAAUGGUUGUUUAUUUUAUGAUAACUAUUGAUAUUCAUCAGAGUUGAUCAUUUACAAUGAAUGAUUUGAUGAGGACAUUAUCUCCAUGUGUUUGUCCAUAAGCCCAGUAAUCAAGGUCAGGAAAAGCUGGUAUUAUAAUGGAAAAUAAGGAUCCUAUUACCAGUCUUGUUUGAGAAUGACCCAGGAAGUGUGAAUAUGAUUAACCCAGAGAGUGUGGGUAUGAUUGACCCAGGGAAUAUGAAUAUGAUUAACCCAGGGAAUGUGAAUAUGAUUAACCCAGGGAAUGUGAAUAUGAUUAACCCAGGGAAUGUGAAUAUGAUUAACCCAGGGAGUGUGAAUAUGAUUGCAAUGUUUACAGAAAGGGAAGUUUAGAAAACCCACCACGUUGAUUUUUGUUGUUGAUAUUGUUGAAUAUGACUGCAGUUGGUUUUCUAAAUUAAGUGAGUAUCAAAGAUCUUCACUCGGCAGAUAUCGGUGAUUGUCAGAUGUAAAUUAUCUCCCUUCAGGCAGUUCCACACAAAAUAUCGGUGAUUGUCAGAUGUAAAUUGUCUCCACACAAAACAUGAUCAGGAGAAAAACAGCAUACAUCCAGUAUUUACGUCGGUGGACACUCAAUAGCUCACAGAAAUUUAUUUCAAAAAUUAGUAUUCAUAUACAAAUCAUUCCUGAUAUGACUCUCACACAAAUUAUCAGAGUAUGUACAUCAAAACAGGAGAUGAUUGACAGGUACUCUUAGUUAGUUUUGGGUUAUUUAUGAUAUUUAAUCUAUCGUAUAACUGCAGGUGUGAUGUUCAGUGUCAGAUAACACAUUGAGAUUACGUUCAGGUUGUUUCAUUCAAAAGUUUUCAACGAAAAAAAGUGAACUAAAGAAUAAAUAGUGUAUUGUAUCCAUGCUGUGAUUCCAAAGAAAACCUCCCAUUCUAUUCCGUUUCUUCCUUUUACAGGAAUGACUUUAGAAUCAUCACAACAUGUUUUGAUACAAGUCGUAUAAGUUGCACAUCUGCAAUGAAUAUUGAUGCUUUGGAAACUUACGUUAUGUAUUUAUACACCGAAAAUUGAUUGUCUUUCAUCUUUGCAAGUAGCCGAGUGUGUGGUGAUAAAUAUGUGUAUAAGAAAACAUUUUGAUUUCCGUUUCACUGUGUUCACAUGAAAGCUUAUAUAUAUCUUAGGUUGUGAUUUAAAUAGAAAAUACUGGCUACAUGUGUUUGAUAAAUACAUGUACGCUGUAAAUGUAUUUUAUAUUUACUCCUUGUUGUAGGAUCUUUUGUAUAAUUAUUUCCUAUUUGUUUUCGAUGGAGUUCAUUUGUGAGAUGUUUACAUGUACAUGUUUUGUAUUGACUGACAUUUUAUACUAGGCAUGUUUAAUUUUAAUGUGUUGCUUUUUUUUUGUUAAAGGGUAUAUUGAAAUGGUGAAAGUUGAAUCAAAAACUAUAUAUAGAUAUGUUGGUCAUCAAAAACUAUAUAUAGAUAUGUUGGUCAUCAAAAACUAUAUAUAGAUAUGUUCCUGUAGUACUACAGCUUUCCGUGUUAUUGCUCCCUGUAAUUCUAGUUGUUAUAAUAUGAUGAUAUAUUCUGUUCAUUACAUGUACUUUGACAUUGUAUUUGUUGUAAUAACAUUGUCAGUAAUAGUAAAAGCAUAGUUAAAAUUUAAGAUUUAUAAUUUCCACUGACAGUUUGAUAGUACCUGUACAUUUAUAUUCAGUAGAUAUUUUUAAUUAUUUCUGUGCUUCUUUAAAUGUUGACUCCCACCCCCAUUUAUAGAUUACCUUGUGUAAGUACGUGGCUUUUUCUACAAUUUACGUUUUCUUUAUUCCUCUAUAAUGUUUGGAUUCAAAUCCACUUGCAGGUUGUAUGUUUUUUAAACUUUGAGAAUUGUCAGAAUUAUAUUUGAUAUUUUGAAGGUUUGUUUUGUACGUUAAAUAUUUUGAUGGAUUCAGAUUGGGAAAGCUUAUACACAACUUUUAUCUGAUUUGUCAUAAACAAAAACAAUGUUUGCAUUUGAAUCUUUGAGCAGUGAUCCACUUUAAUUACGUGUAUUUAUGUACCACCAUUAAUCAGAAGUUUGAAAUGUCUUGUUUAACUACUGGUGAGUAGCCAUGAUAGGAAUUGUAUCCUAUAAAAAAUUUGGUCUUGUUUACACUACCUGUCAGUUCUAAAGGUUAAUAUAAGGAUAAUAUAUACAGUUUUGAUUGGUUGAAAAUUUUCUUCAGUAAACAUUUUUCUAAAUCUAACAUCCACCCCCACCCCAAAUAUAUUAAAGGUAAGGUUCUUAGAAAUUAAGUUGAUGAUGUAUCUCCUUAAAAGAGGAGACAAAGCAUGGUGAACAAACCCACCAUUCCUUCUACAAAACUGAAAUUUUAAAAUUUUCCAGGACAAGACUUUUAAGGAACAAAUCAAAAAGCAACAGAAAUACUGAUGUCGCUGACAUAGUCCACUUUUUUAUUUGGUACAUUAGUUUCUGUUGUGUUUCCCCUAGGGAAUGUAUAAACACUGGGGGAAUACACUCACUAGAUAGGGAAACUGUGAAAGACUGAUGGGAAUUUCUCUAAAUUUAUGAAACUAUCUGUCAUUUUUAUCUGAAAUAUUGCAAAUAAUAAUAUAUGUUAAAUGUACUUGUUUUGUAUUGUUAAAAAAUGUUUGGGCUACAAAAAUAACUUCUAAGGAAUCAAUAUUCUGAGGAAGUGAAUGAACCCUUUGGCAAAGUAAAUGAAAUCGAACUUUCUUGUAUCUUUUCAACACAUGCUGUGGAGCUAAUUAAUGUAAAUGUAUUGUGGUACAACACCUAAUGUAAAUGUAUUGUGGUACAACACAUGCUAAUGUAAAUGCAUUGUGGUACAACACAUGCUAAUGUAGAUGCAUUGUGGUACUCUGGAAGAUGUUGUCAGUGUAUUCAUAAAGUUUAGUUAUUUUGUUGUUAUACAUGAAUCUUUGUGUUUUUCAGUGUAUGUGUUUAUUAUGACCUCCGCAGACAAAAUUAUGGCAGGGUACAUAUUGUAUAUUGUACACAGCAUUUCUAUCUGUCUGUAGAGAGUUUUCUUAAAUCUCAUACACUUUUUCUCCACCAUAUAAAGACGUACAACUGAUAUUUUUAUAAUAAUUGGAGAUUUCUUCAUUUUACUUGUGUUUGACUGUUAAUGUUAACAUUGUGAACUCAUUCCAGAGGUAUAGAGAAUACUCAAUAUCGUAGAUCUGUAUUAAAACAAAGCCAUCACACAUUCCCCCUAAGUGUAGCAGGUCUGGCAUUUGUAUACACUGUACUUCGCGUUGUUUGUUAGUGAUGUGGUAGCAAUUUAAUCUUCUCUGGAAAAAAAACGGAGGUGGGGGUAGUAUUUGGACAACACUAGUGUGAUUUAAACAUGUCUGCCAUCACGAGGUGUUUGUUGUGAUUUGUUGUACAUUUCCUACUUUUAAAAAUGUUUUUCAUCAUAAACCACUGGAAUCAACAUUUUUUGUCUUUCAUGAAGUAAAAUUUUUGACUUCUCUACCCAACAAACAUAGUUCUGUAGAAUGUAGUCUAAAAAGAUAUUGGUGAAUAGUCAUCUAGUACGUGUAGUGUCUUUAGAAAAUGUGUACUGUAGCAUUUUGACCAUUUACGAUGGUAGUCAUUACAAAAUAUAUGUUGCUAUAUUAUAGCUAGGGGAGGGGCAAAUAUUAUCGUAUUUAUAUUUGGGUGAAAUGUUCUUGUAGCAUAAUUAGGCUAACCCAGAUUAAAGGGGGAGUGGCAAAGAUUAUCAUAUUUAUUUUAAUUUGGGUGAAUUUUUUUAGCAUAAUUAGGCUAACCUAUUAAUUGCUUAUAUCUACUCUAUCAGACACCACCAGUCAUUUCUCACCUGACAAAUACAGUGUUUACCGUGUGCAUCCAGGUGAGCAGUUCAGGCUCUUGGAAGCCUCUUGUUGGAUUACAUUAAGUUGAAUUAUUUGAUUAUAUUCUUUAGCAUGCUUUUUACUCAAUAAACUUUUUAAUUCAA